CUCUGGAAUCCAGUUGUUGCUGCUUUUUUCCUCUUGCAAUGUGAGACGCCGUCCCCCCCCUCCCCCCGACAAAAUAUGUUAUGCCAGCCGAUAAAAAUCCAAGAAAAUUAGACCAAAGACAAGCGAUGGCUAUCAUUGUCCUGGAGCUCGCUCUCAUCUGUGAGAGGUCGCGAGCUGGUUGCCGUAUCAAGACACCACGACCAACGAGCUCGGUAGGACCCCAUCACGGGCGAGGUAGCACUCGGGACUCUCAGUCCUUCAGCUCCGCACCGCGGCCCUAUCUGUUCGGGUCGCUAGGGUGGAAAGAGACGCCGUACUGUACAGUUCGUCAUGUUGAAUCGGUUGUACCGAUAACUGUCGCCAUGACUUGGGAUCCAUGUCCAGCCCGACGCACACCGUUGCUGUUUGAUCUGAGUCGGUAGAAGCUCCUUUGAGUAUUGUUUGUACCCGCGCUCGCGCCCGCUACGUAU